UUAAUUUGUUUCUUGAACAUUAUGAACUUAAAUCAGAAAACAAAUUUGGAUUUUCUAAUGCCGUUUUUGAUAUUUCACUUCAAAAUAUACCAUGGCCAAGUUUCAAUUGCGAUUUCAUGAUUACAUUGUUGUCUUUUCAUAUGUGUUCGUUCCCUUGUUGUUCCAAAACAUUUGUAUCUUCAUGCUCAAGAUGCAAACAACGAGAUGGAGAUUAGAAAUUGCUUUUAAAUCCAUGAAAUGUAAGUUAUGAAUCUCCGGUUACCUAAUGUGGGGCAGUUCUUGUACAUUUCAAACUUUAGUUUGAACCUCAAAUAUGAAUUCUAAAUUGCAAUUCAUGAUACCUCCCUUCAAAAGUUUCUUCUAGUUGUUGUCAAAGAUCUUUGACUUUCUAUAAUCUCAAUUAUAAGGCAAUACUAUAACAUUUUUAAUGCUCUCAGCUAGCUUUUUCUUAAAUAGUUAACUGUUGAAUUUUAAAGUGAGAGUAGUGACAUGAGUAUUUCUAUAUUUGUAAACCAAAUCAACAGUAUUAUUUGAUUCCAAAUAUGUUCAUGAUGAGCAUUAUUAUUGGCUACGAAUUCAAUAUUAAAUAUUAAAUAUUAGAAUGUCGUCGCAUUGAUAGACGAAAGAAACAAUACGACGACGUUCUAAUAUUUAAUUAUUUUUUCUUUUUCCUUUCAAGCACGGGGACAUUGCUAUCAUCCACUAUCGUUUAGAGAAAGUCAAUGGUGAAGUUGAGGCUUUGAAGGAAAAAACAAAGCAUGCAAAAUCAAAGUUCAAAGCAACUGAUGCUGAUGGGGGAUCCAGAACAAUUGGGUCAUAUAGCAGUAGCUCUGAAGAUUCUGCUCCACAACAAAAGGAGGAUGUAGAGGUGAAGAAGACACUGCGGGAGUUGCUAGAACCUGCCAGGAUGCAUCAGCUAGAAGUGCAGAGAAGAAGAACAUUACACUUGUCGAAUUUGUCCUAUGAUGUGACCGAAGAUGACAUGUAAGUACGUUUUAUUUCAAUAUUCUUCUUUUUUGUUCUAGUUGUUUGAUUAAAAUUUAUUUUAUUUUUUGCAGAAUGAACAUUUUCAGUGGAAUUGGUGGGUCCAUGGACGUUAGGAUUCCUUUGGGCCAAGACGGGAAAUGUCGAGGCUUUGCGUUUGUCGAGUUUGAUUAUCCAAGAUCAUCUGAAGAGGGAUUGAAACUGCACCUUAAGCCAAUGCUAAAGCGUUCUGUUCGUAUUAGCAUUGCACAUCCUCGGGCUGCUGGUGUUGGUCGUGGUCGUGGUGCUCCUGGUGUUGGUCGUGGUCAUGGUGUUCCUGGUGUUGGUCAUGGUCGUGGUGCUCCUGGUGUUGGUCGUGGUCGUGGUGGUCGUUAGUCGUGAACAAUAUGGAACUUACUGUUCAUAUAUUGGCACAGUCUUAUUAGAUUUUCGCUUUUUACCUGUCAGGACUUUGAUCAAGGUUUUACUUUCACAUUUUACAUUUGUAUUCUCUGUACAUCGAGGGAUCUUUUCUUCCAACUAUUGAAACAUCAUUUUCUGUUUAUUUUC